UCAGGACGCCGAUGAAAUAAAUUGUUUCAAAAUACGUACUUGAACAACAGUUUAACAAGACAACAAGAGUUUCAACGCAUUAUUUCAAUCGAAGUUGGAUGUGUAGAUAUACAUUUUGCAGAAUGAAGAGUUUCUUGUUAGUAACCACUUGUGUGGUUAUGCUGGCUGUAGCAGAGGCGACUGUGUGUAAGGUGAACAGCGAGUGUGCGAGCAGCCAGUGUUGUUACAUCAAGCCAGAGUUUGAGGUUGUCAGCAAAAAACGUCAGUCCCUUCUGCCACUCCCAGCAACAGGACAACACGACACAGGUGUCUGCGAAAACUACCGACCUGAACAUGACCUUUGCUCCCCGCUUGAAACGGCCAACGGUCACUGUGGGUGUUUAGUAGGAACAUCGUGCCAGUUUGUCCCAGCACCAUCUACAACGACGCUCACUUCACUGGUUCAGGGUCGCAAGCGUAAAAUCUACUAUCCAGGCCCCGGUUCUUACCAGUGUGUUGCUGCAUAAAUUUAAUGAUUAAAUUUUGAUAGUA